UGGUAAAGGGAAGAUGCUGAGCAGAUGCAGCUGGGGCCAGGAAGACUGAGGAUUCUCUUUGGAGAUUCAGGCUUCCUGAUGAACCUCCACCUAAAGUUGGGGGAGAAAUGGCCAAGUGUAAACAGCGACGCAGAAAACCAAGAGCCAGUGUGAGGAUCAAGUUUAAAAAGCAGGAAAGUAUCCCUCUGCCUCAGUGCUCAAGCAUUCUCCCUCCAAAGCUUCCAGUUUCAGACUUGAACCAAAGUAGGCCUUUUUGUUCCUGGGCUUUGACUCUUCCUAACAUAACAAAAGUAGUGAGGCCUUUGGUCACAACAGUGCUCUGUUGGUACUGCUGGUGCCAGAACAGUGUUAUCCAGUUCCCCCAGUUUUUUCAAGUCAUCAGGAACGCAGUAUUUCAAUCACAUGCAUCCCUGCAAGAGUUAAACGCACUUAGAGAACGGUUAGAAAAGCUAGAGACAGAAUUUGCUGCUCUACAAUCAAUGGUCCAGAAGGAGACUGUUGUUCCCUUAGAAAAAACAUCUUGCCAGACAUUGGAGGACGGCCAGUGCCAGCGUUCCACUCCAGCACCUCUUCACCUUGUGGAGUUACCAUCCUCGCAUUCUCAAGCUUCGAUGCCACCUGCGCCACCGCCACCACCUCCCCCUCCUCCCCCUCCACUGCCACCUCCACGAGUACCUCGGUGUCUCAGUAAGACUGAUGGUGUUAAGAAACAGGAUGCCUCGUUAAAAACAGAUGUGCCUAUGCAAAUAACCCUCAAGGAUCUCCUGAGCGUGAAACUAAAGAAGACACAACGUUGCCUAAAAAUAGAAAAGGGAUCACCUUUGCAGAAACGGAGGGCAUUAAUUACCAUCUCAGAUUUGCAGAGCGUUAGUCUGAAUUCCAAAGCCGCAGCGCCGCCGAACCGCAUUGCAAAUAGUUCCAGCACACCCAGCAGAAGUUGCAUAGAUUUUCGAAAACACCUAAGAAGGGUCUCUGCUAAGAGGAGUCCAGGUGGGACCCCUUUAAUCCACAAAGAGAACCUUGAGACUGGCACAGGAUUGACCCCGCUCAUGACCCAGGCCCUUCGUCGCAAAUUUCAGUUGGCUCACCCCAAAAGUCCCUCUCCGUCUCACUUGCUCAGAGGAAACAGCUUUGAGGAGCAAAGUUAAUACCGCUUCGCCCAACGGUGUGUUCAAGGUCCUCUUGCCACUGAUCUGGACUCUGUUGGUCACUAAUGACUCUACUUGGAUGUAUGGAGGCUGUUACUAAGAAAGCAUCGGGGGACAGCAUGGCAGACCUCGAGGGCAGAUCCCUCCGUUCCCUGGAAAGGCAGGCAAGAGGAGACUCUGCCCCGUCAUCCUUCUGUUCCUCUCUGCUGCAUGUGCCAAAGUAGCUUGGGGGAGCCGCGUCAGUGUUGUGGCCAAGGGGGUGCCCCAGAGGCUGCUCAU